GUAUCAUUACUGGUGACAGGAUGUCCUCAAUUCCAGACCCAAGAUGAUUUUGGCUCUGGAAGUGGAAUUGAUCCAACACUGCAGUGGCAGCUAGCUUCUAUGGCACCAGAUCUACAGGACCGGACUCUCGACAAUCUUGACGUUGAUCCUGACGUACGAGACAUCUUAGCCCGUCUCCGGAGCAUUUUCCACCAGCCACAGCUUUCGUCCUUGACGACCACCGAGCUUCAUGACCUGACGUGCUUUGUCGUCCAUAAGCUUCUGUUACUGCCUCCACUCUCGCCUGCACAACCGAAGCAAUCAUCUACCUCUGAAUGUCUUCGAUACGCAUUGGUGCUCUACAUGUUGAGCAUCCAUGGGACGACGUAUUACUCUCACCAUCACUUGAUAAAUACUAUCCUACUCCAGCUCAAAGGGUAUUAUGCGGCUUUGAGCCAUACAAAUUACACGCAUGGCUCGCUCGAAAUAUGGGUUUCCUUUGUCGGCAUGGUGGCAUCUACCAACACAACACAUUACCAGUGGUUCAUCGACCAAGCUUGUGCUGCUGCUGUUGCACUCAGUCUGCAUACAUGGGAGGAUGUACUCAGCCACCUUGAGAACGUACUUUGGGUGAGAACACAGCACGAGGCGGCCUUUCGGGGAAAGUGGGAAGAAAUCGUCAGUAAAGCCUAUUAACGCUGCAUAUUCAUGCGUGUCUUUACACCAGUAUAUGAAACCUCCAAAAACCCAAAGAUACAAACGAAGGAGCUGUGUUGAUGGAUCCAGACCGCGGAGAAGCUUGCUUACUUCCUCACAAAUCUAAGUGGUCAGUGCUUCGGUGCUUCGGAGUCUAGUCCUAAAUAGUACUAGACUCCGUAUCGCGUGGAUCAACGGUAAAUCGGAGCAGGGGGCCCCGAACCGUCAACCAUCGGAGUCUAGUACACUUUGGGCCAUUAUGAUUUUAUCAUAAGCAGUCAACAAAGAGCCGCCACUACCACGGAAGAUUAUGCUUACAAAUGACGACCUCAUGUUCAUAUAUUCAUCUUGUCUGGCUCGUAGCCAGUCCUAAUAGGUUUAGUUCCCGAAGUUUAAGCAUUGGUGCCUCCUUGUGCUUGUGGACCAGCAGAUGCUCUUGGUGUCAUCCAGUCCAUAUAAAGGGUCUCUUCCUCUCAGAGAUAUUCUACAAUACCCGCAAACAGACAAAUAUACUGGAAUGAGGACCUAAUAUACACCAUGGUCUCAAUUGUCGAACCCAGUGCUGUGUUUACGGUCGAAAAUGGAACACAUCUCGCACAGCAUGAUAGCAAUGGCUGGGCAGAAGGCGUACUGCCUGGUUUCCUUUCCGAGCUCAGCGGUUGGCAGAUCGCAGUUACCAUCUUACUCAUUCUGAUGGCCUACGAUCAAUCUAUGUACAUCAUACGAAAAGGCCCUAUCGCCGGACCGACCUUCAAAAUCCCAUUCAUGGGACCCUUCAUACAAAGUCUCCACCCAAAGUUCGAUGCAUAUCUUGCUCAAUGGGCCAGUGGACCGCUUAGCUGCGUUUCCGUAUUCCACAAAUUUGUCGUUCUGGCUUCAGACCGCGACCUCGCACACAAAGUCUUCAAGUCACCGAAUUACGCCAAACCAUGCUUAGUUCCAAUCGCGACUGAAAUCAUGCGUCCAUCCGCAUGGGUCUUCCUCAAUGGCAAGGCCCAUGCUGAGUACCGCAGAGGACUGGCUGGCCUUUUUACCAACAAAGCUCUCGGCACCUAUCUCCCGGUCCAGGAAAAGGUCUAUACCGAUUACUUCGACAGAUUCGUCGCAGCUAGCAAGGAAAAUGGAGGGAAACCAAUGGGGUUCAUGGGACAUUUCAGAGAAAUCAACUGCGCGCUAUCGUGCCGAACCUUCUUUGGCGAUUACAUCUCUCAAGACACAGUCAAACGAAUUGCCGAUGAUUUCUACCUCGUCACCGCCGCUCUGGAGCUUGUCAACAUUCCCCUCUCCAUUUACGUUCCCUUCACCAAGUGCUGGCGAGGGAAACGCAUCGCAGAUGCAGUCCAGGCCGAUUUCACAAAGUGUGCUGCUACAUGCAAGGCCAACAUGGCCACUGGCGCUGAGCCAAAAUGCAUAGUCGACCAAUGGGUUCUACACAUGAUGGAGUCCAACAAAUACCGAGAACAAAUCGCCGCUGGAAAAGAAGGAGUAGAGAAGCCGGCAAAUCUCAUCCGCGACUUCACAGAUGAGGAGAUUGGCCAGACGAUAUUUACCUUCCUCUUUGCAUCCCAAGACGCCUCCAGCAGUUCAACUACCUGGCUAUUCCAGAUCCUCGCCCAGCGUCCAGACGUCCUUGAUCGUGUCCGAGAGGAGAAUCUCGCCGUACGCCAAGGUGACAAAAACCGCCCAUUCGAUCUCGACAUGUACGAGUCACUCACCUACACCAACGCCGUGGUCAAAGAACUCCUCCGUCACCGACCGCCCGUCAUCUUCGUACCUUACACCGCCACGAAAGACUUCCCCAUCACACCAACCUACACCGUCCCCAAAGGCGCCCUAAUCGUCCCGUCCUGCUACCCAGCUCUUCAUGACCCAGAGGUGUACCCGAAUCCCGAUGUUUUCGAUCCCGAGCGCUGGAUCACGGGCGAUGCGGAGUCGAAGACUAAGAAUUGGCUUGUGUUUGGUGCAGGGGCGCAUGAUUGUCUGGCGAGGAAGUAUGUGCCGCUGACGAUGGCGGCGAUGAUUGGGAAGGCGGCGUUGGAGGUUGAUUGGGUGCAUCAUGCUACGAGUCGGUCGGAGGAGAUCAGGGUUUUUGCUACGUUGUUCCCAAUGGAUGAGUGUCCACUCGUUUUCACCAAGCGCAAGUGAACCUAAUUGGCAUGAAGUCCUAUAAUACCCAUUCAUGAACCCAGAGCUUGUGCAUAUCAGCAUAGCAAUUAAUCACUGUAGAUAUACUAGCGAAA